AUGACACUUCAUUUGGAGAAGAAUGAACCUAUUCUGAUUGUUGGUGCAGGUGUAUGUGGCCUUUCUACAGCUUAUGCAUUCUUGCGAAGAGGCUAUAGAAAUGUGCAUCUUUUUGACAAAAGAGACUAUCACGCAAAAGGCUAUGACUAUUUUCAAGGCUGCGAUAGCCCUUCUUCUGAUAUGAACAAAAUCUUCAGAGCCGCUUAUGGUGAACAAGUUCAUUAUCAAAAGAUGUCUUUGGAAAGUAGAGACGUUUUUUUGAAGUGGAACGCGAGGAUCAAAGACACUAACUUUGAGGGCGGAGAUCCGAUCUACUUGAACACUGGUAAUAUCCACCUCACAGAUCUUCAUGAGCUUCCACCAUUUGAAAAACAAACAAUGGAGAAUAUGAGCUCCUCUCAAGCAAUCUGUGUGUCAGACCAGGAUGCUGCGGCACGGGCUAAAGCCGCAGGUCUCAAUGAGUCGGCUGUGGAUCCUUUCGAAAUGAAAGGUCGCGGCAAGCACCAUCAAGGUGUUUUGGAUACAACUGGUGGAAUGAUUAUUGCUGAAAAAUGCUGUAGGUGGGUAUUGCAUAUGUGCGACCUUGAUUAUAGAUCUUCCGUCACUACUCAUUUUGGAGCUUAUUCAGGUGAAAUUGAGAGUCUAAUCGAAAAACGGACUGCUUCUGGUAAGAAAGUAUGUCUUGGACUAAAGACAAAAGAUGGCAAAAGCUAUUAUUCUAAACUUGUAGUCACUGCCUGUGGUCCUUGGACUGUCGAAGUCGUUCCUGAAGCAGCAGAGAAGCUGGAAGCUACUGGCGGAACAGUGGCACUGAUGAAGAUAACUAGUGCAAAGGCCCUAGAAAAGUAUGAUGAAAAAAAAUUUCCUACGUGGACUUACAAAGUUCGCGACGGUGCAAUGGGCGGCCUUUAUGGUUUUCCAGUCAGGAAUGGCUAUCUCAAAAUUGGGUAUCGUGGCCUGAAAUGGACAAAUCCACAAGCAGGUAUCAAUUCGAAGGUAAGAACAGCGUAUUCUGAAAAUCCAGAAAAAAAAGUACCUCUGUUUGGUUUAAAACUAAUCAAACAAUUUAUUAGGGAACAUGUUCCUGAGGUCAGCAAAAUUGAUAGGACGCGGUUGUGUUGGUACUCAGAUUCGGAGGACAAUGACUUUCUCAUUUCCUAUUCCCCCUAUCAUGAACAAAACUCUCUCUUUGUAGUCGCGGGAGAUUCGGGGCAUGCGUUUAUGAUGUUUGGAGUCAUUGGCGAUAUUGUAGUUGACAUCAUUCAAAAGAACAGUAAGGAUGUGAUGCUCGAGCAACUAUUCUCUUGGGAGAGGGAAAGAAAUAAGUUAAAUUCUAUAAACAAAGGACAAUAUGAUCCUCGUGCUUUACAGUACCAGCAAAUGUCUACCACUGCAGACCUUGUCGUUAGAGAAACGGCCAAGCUUUGA